AUGCGUAAUCAUUGCUGUCCUGUUUCCUCGUUCGCACCUGAGCAGCGCGAGACCUACAAGCUAGAAGCGACCGCCCAAGACAAAGGCUACCCUCCCCUCUCCCGAUCCGUGGAGGUCCAGAUAGACGUUGUGGACCGCGCUAACAAUCCCCCCGUGUGGGACCACACUGUGUACGGCCCCAUCUACAUCAGGGAAAAUUUCCCUGUCGGGGCCAAGGUGGUCUCCGUUAAGGCAAGCUCUGGCAUCGAGAACAAUCCGACUGUUUUCUAUCGGCUGAUGCCUGGUUCAACUGCUCAAACCAACAAGUUCCAUACGUUCUAUCUGCAACAGAGGCCCGACAAUGGUUUCACUUGGGCAGACAUAAAAAAUAAUGGAGCUCAACAGCUCGCCUCCGAAGCCACCGUUUACAUCCAGUUGGAAGACGUUAACGACGAGAUACCGCUGUUCACCGAAAGAGAACAGGAAACCGUGCUGGAGGGGGAACCUAUAGGCACCAAGGUGUACUAUUACAUCGUUGAUUCGCCUCGUAACGAGGGCAAAGACUUUUUCGAGAUCAAUAAGGAAACGGGCGAAGUGUUCACGAAAGUAGUGUUCGAUAGGGAAAAGCAAGGCGCGUACGCUUUGGAGAUAGAGGCAAGAGAUGGAGCCCCAUCGGCGAGACCGAACAGCGACAAUGAACCCAAUUCAGGAAAGGAAUUCAUUCAGUCAAAGGUUCAAGCUGGGGUGGAUUCAAUGUCAAAAUGCAUCUUCAAAGAUCGAUCAUUUUGUCUGACCCUCUUGCAAAGUCAGGUGAGAUCAGUUUUCAUUGAAGCAACAAUAAUUGGUUAUCUGAUUUCCAUCUUACUCCAAAAGAAGUAG